AAUGCACAGCACAACUUCAUACACAAACGGUGUAGUCCAACACUAUUAUAUGUGACCAUGUCAGGCUCCGGAUCUGUGGACGAUGAUCUUCUUGCUCGCCUGAACGCGCUCAAGAAGAGCAGCGUCAAUCUCGACACUACAUACAGCUCCUCCAUAGCGCGAUCUCCAAAGCAUACAGAUGACCUUGCUUCGCGGUUCGCACGCCUUGGCUCCGCAUCGCCUUCCGGCUCGCCACAGCCGUCGCGCACAGCUUCCGCAAAUAAUGUGAUAGCUCCCGGAGCGCCGAGUUACCUAGAAGGUGCAGCCCAGGGUGUGGGAGGUGGAUCGGUCGAGUUCAAUGAGGAGGAUGAGAAGAGUCUGGAAGAACUGCUCGAGGAGUUGAACGGAGCUGUAGGGCAUAGGAAGGAGUGGGAUAUGAGUCGCGAAGAGCAAGGUGAUGUUGGGAAGCUGCUCAAGGAUAUGAAGACGCUCCUGCCAGAGUUGCAGAACGACCGGGCUCAGAAUGCUGCACAACGACAGCCAGCCAACGGCAAAGGCAAGGGCGAAGCGCUCACAGAUUGGGAAAACGUCGAGUUUGAUGUUGGCAGUGGCUCGGUGGGACCAAAACGUGACGAAGAGGACAGCGGCAGCGAUAAUGAAGACGGCGAGGGCAAGAAGCAGACGCUGGAAGCAGAGGCCGACGAUGUGAUAGCACGCAUCAUGGCUGAACUUGAAAUCAGCAAGAAAUACGAUCCUCCAUCUCCACCCCCACCUUACUCCGAUCGCGAUCCAGAGCAACCAAAUGCUGAGAAGUCAACCGAGGACCACACAGAAGAUACCUCGCUCUCUCUUCCUUCCGCACCAACAACCCUCAAGCCCUCAGACUCCCUCGACGAGACGCAAGCGCUCGAAGACGCCUUCACUGCCCGUCUCGCCGCCCUCGCAGGCCCUAAGACCGACUCCCUCGGGCUCCCCUCCGCACCCUCCUUCGCGCCCUCCGCAAAGCCGCCCAAAGUCCAGUCCAGCCUGCAGCAGAAGCUCGAUGAGGAGAUAGACACUUGGUGCAUCAUCUGCCAGGACGACGCGACACUGAAGUGUCUAGGCUGCGAGGGCGACUUGUACUGCAGGAAUUGCUGGAUGGAAGGGCACAAAGGGGAGAGCGCGGGGUUUGAGGAGAGAAGCCACAAAGCUGUCGAGUUUGUUAAGGGGGGCGAUAAGAAGAAGAGGCUGGCUGCUGCGGGUUGAGAAGCUCCGAACAGAGUUAGGACGCGCAUCAGACGGAAAUGAGAGACCGAGGCCGCGGGUUCUAGAGGCCGGCAAGUUGCGAAGAUACGAGUCGCCAACCUGUGUCUAUCUGCCGGGCCGUUCAGUCUGCGAGGUUGCGACGGGUGACAUCGAUCUUUGCGCUGCUCACUAGAGCAUCGGUCAGUGCUUGACACGAGGAUUGACGGCAGAUGAAUGUCACAUGACAUCAUUCAUUGGGCUCUACAGUGUAUACUUCAAAGGCAAGCUUCCAGAACAGCUAGAAGCAGCGCCGCGGCAGCAGAGUAAACGGCUUGAGUAGCUAACGGACAAUGCUAAGGCAUAGAAAACAAACUCAUGUCAUAAGUAGAUGUGUUCUAUGCAUAUAAAAUAACAAGAGCAAUUCAUU